AUGGCCAAGGACAAGAAAUCCAAGAGCGAGGGCAAGAAGGCCAAGGCGGCGGAGAAGAAGCAGAAACAGGAGAAGAAGGCAGCGAAGAAGGCCAAGGUCAAGGACGCCAAGCAGCAGGACGGCAGCGAUGCUGAGGAUGUCGACCUCGACCAGGUGCUCGAGGAGUACAGGCGGCAGCAGGAGCUGUUCCUCAAGGUGACAGAGACGGUCGCAGAGGGCCCGCCGCGGGCGCGGGCGGCGGCCAGCUUCCUGGCAUCGCCAGCCAAUGCCAACCAGCUGCUGCUGUUUGGCGGCGAGUAUUUCAACGGCGCACUGGCGACGUUCUUCAACGACCUGCACAUCUACUACAUUGACCGCGACGAGUGGCGCACGGUGACGUCGCCCAACACGCCGCUGCCGCGGUCGGGCCACGCGUGGUGCCGCGGCGGCAACCUGAGCAACUCGGUGUUUUUGUUUGGCGGCGAGUUCAGCUCGCCCAAGCAGGGCACAUUCUACCACUACAAUGACUUUUGGCGGCUGGACCCGGCGGCACGCGAGUGGACGCGGCUCGAUACCAAGGGAAAGUCGCCGCCGGCGCGCAGUGGGCACCGCAUGACGUACUUCAAGAACUACAUUGUGCUGUUUGGCGGCUUCCAGGACACGGCCAACCAGACGCGGUACCUGGCGGACCUGUGGCUCUACGACACGGCCAAUUUCGUCUGGUUUAACCCGGCCCUGCCGCCGGCUCAGCUCAAGCCCGACGCGCGGUCGUCGUUUACGCUGCUGCCGCACGAGCAGGGUGCCGUGCUGUACGGCGGGUUUUCGCGCGUCAAGGCAGCUAGUCAGCCAGGCGGCGGCGGCAAACAGGGAGGCGGCGGCGGCGGCGGACGGAACGCCAUGAAGGCAGUCGUGCACCAGGACUGCUAUUACCUGCGGAUUACGCCCCCACCGGCCACGGACGCACCCGGGACCGCGCCUGUUGUGCGCUGGGAGCGGCGUAAAAAGCCGGCCAAUGCGCCCAACCCGACGCGGGCGGGUGCCACAAUGGCGUACCAUCGCGGGCGCGGCAUCCUGUUUGGCGGCGUGCAUGACGUCGAGGAGAGCGACGAGGGUCUCGACAGCGAGUUCUUCAACCAGCUCUUUGCGUGGAACAUUGAGCGCAACCGGUUCUUCCCACUGGCGCUGCGCAAGCCACGGACAGCAGCGAAGAAGGCGACGGGCGGUGGCGGCGAGCAGCGUGUCGGCCGGCGUAACCGUGCGGCGGCCAACGAGGAAGAGCUCCUGAAACAGCUGGCGGCGCUGGAGGCGACGAGCAAGAAGGACGGCGACGACGGUAGCGACGAAGACGCCAUGGAGCUUGACAAGAAGGCGGCCGAAGACGAAGAAAAGUCGCCGGCGCGGCAGAUGCCCGUGUCGAUGGAGAUGCCGCACGCACGGUUCAACUCACUGCUGGCCGUGCAGGGCGAUGUGCUCUACAUGUACGGCGGCACGUACGAAAAGGACGACCGCGAGUUUACGUUUGACGACAUGCACGCUGUGGACCUGGGCAAGCUGGAUGGCUGCAAGGAGGUGUUUAGCCGGCCAAUGGACGACGCGUGGUACGAGUCGGAAGACGAAGACGACGACGAAGACGAGGACGAGGACGAGGACGACGAGGACGACGAGGACGUCGAGAUGGAGGACGACCCAGCGCCCAAGAAGUUUACGCCCAGCACGCGGAACAAGAACAAGGGCGCAGCCGCCGCGUCGGACACGGCGUCUACGGCUGAUGCGGAGUCGCCGGCCGCGUCGUCGUCGUCGGCGUCUGUGGCAGACUCGGAAGACACCGAAGCCACCGAGGCCGACACACCAGUCGACGACGGCCUGCCACACCCACGGCCGUUUGAGUCGCGGCGAGACUUCUUCAACCGCACGUCCAACGAGUGGCAAGAGAUCCUCAUGACGCAGCUGCGGUGGAAGAACAUCAAGGUGGAGUCGAUGCUGGUCAAGGAGACCAAGACCAAGGCCUUUGAGCUUAGCGAGGAGAAGUGGUGGGACUGCCGCGAGGAGAUCACCGCCCUCGAAGACGAGCAGGAGGCGGCCGGCAUUGGCGAGGUGGUGUCCCUGGCCGACCGCGAGGGUGGUGGCGGCGGAGGCGGCGGCGGUGGCGGAGCGCGGAGGAGAUAG